AAGAACUACUAACUUUACUUUUAGAGACUGACUCUUUAACCGAAUAUAAGAAAGCCAUUUGUGAAGCAAAAUAUAAAAAUGACGCUAAUGCAGAAAUAGAAUUUGUUACAGAUGUUCUUUGGUGGUUUGGUGAAAUUUAUCUAAAGGCAAAUGCUAAUCAAAGAUUAUUGAGGCGUAAUUUAAAAUCUGAAGAUGACAAACCUUUAGGUAUGAAAGUAGAUGGUAUAUUUCAUACCCCAGGAAAUAAAGGACUUGAAAUUGGAAUGGUUGAGUUAUCAGGUGGUUAUUUGACUUCAGACAUGCCUCGAUAUAUAAAAGACCAUGUUAAAGGUUGUUGGGGGUGUCGUGAUAUUCUAAAUGAUAUUGUGAAAAAAUACAAUCGCGGAGAUUAUAAAAUUUUGAGAAAUUUGCGUACAUGGUUCUUUCACAUACAUGGGCAGGAGGUGCAGGUGUGGGGAAUGGAUCUACCUGUUUCAAAAGUUUAUAGAAUGUUUUUAAUUGGUACAUUUUAUUUGCCAAUUAAUUGGGAUGAGCAUUAUGAGUUGGUGCAUGCGUUAAGAAUUUUAUGGAAUUUGGGAAGAGGCUUAGAUAACUCCUUUAAGUUACUCGAAGAAUUUAAGAAGUCACAUCGGCGCAAUACCGCGUUGCAUUUACGAUCGUCGAUAUUGAAAGACUAUGUUGAUAAUGUAAACGAGAGUUCACCAUUGAAUCCAACCGGUAAAAGAGCUCGAACAAUAAACCCUCAUUCUCUUACACCUAAUGAUCAUCGUGAUAGUAAUGAUAACGAUCCACCUUCACUGUCUCCAUCAGGUAUUCUGAAUACCCUUGCCCAUUAA